UCCAAAAGUCAACUGUCAAAAUGGAAAAUAAAAUGUUUUUCAAAAACUUUUCGUGUAUUUAGGUUGCUUUCUGGUCAAAUUUAUUGUAGUCUCUGAUCCUUCGUAUUUUGAACUCAUACACGAAAGGAUAAAACAACAUUUUAUUUCUUUUUGAAAAGUUUAAAAAGGCGUCGAAUCAUGGCAUCUAUUUUGUGGAUCCCUGUAAUAUUCAGCUUGUCAUGUUUGCUCAUGUAUACACUGUCAGUUAACUUGCCAGAACACACAGGCGCAGACAGAUCAGCGCUGAAGUUCCCUCGCAACCUGGAUGAACUAAAGGCACUAGCCGUACUGCUGGAUGACUACCAUGAUGACAACAUGGGCUACGUUCUCCUGCUGUACAGCUGUGCUUAUUUAUUCAAGCAAACUUUUGCUAUACCGGGGUCUUUCUUUAUGAAUCUACUGGGCGGUGCAAUAUUUGGUCUAUGGAAAUCAUUCCCUCUUGCCUGUCUGUUGUCUGCAGCUGGCGCCUCAUGCUGUUUCCUGCUCUCAAAACAUUUCGGGAAAACCUAUGUGAUCAAAUACUUUCCUAAUAAAGUAGAAUUCAUGCAGAAAAAGGUUUCCGACAACUCCGACAGUCUGCUGUUUUUCCUGUUAUUCCUGAGGUUUUUCCCGAUGACUCCAAACUGGUUCCUCAACAUGGUGUCGCCCAUACUGGACAUUCCACUCCAUCUCUUCUUCAUAUCAGUAUUCAUAGGUUUGAUGCCGUACAACUUCAUCUGUGUCCAGACGGGAAGCAUGUUGUCAGAUCUCACCUCCACCGACAAUAUCUUUACCCUCGCUACUUCGUUAAAACUACUGGGUAUUGCCCUGGUAGCUUUACUUCCUGGUAUUGUUAUUAACAGGCUGAAACAGGGGCGCCUGAAAACUGACUAGAUAUGAACACAGGGGCAUUUGAAUGUUGACAAAAACUUUCCAACGCCCUUAGAACUUGGUUCAAAUUGAUGGGCAUUGCCGUCAUGGCGCUUCUUCCAUGUUAUGUACUUAAAAUGUUGAAUCAAGGGCAAUUGAAAAUGGACUACCUCCGUAGAUAAGGAAAUUUAUAUUUUUUAAAACUUUGUUAAACUCAUGGGCAUAACAUUCGAGGCUUUUGCUGCCCACUACUGUUAUUAACAGGUUGAAACAUGUGUUGAUGGAAAACAGAAUAGAUACAGAAAAACUGUUUCAUAUUGAGUUUCACAUCACAGGAUCACCAGUGAUUUUUUCCUAAAUCGAGGGGUCUGAGGUUGCUUAAAAUCCUGUCAGGUGACAUAUAACUGGUUUCUCUGAUUUGGGCUUCUAGUAACAGUAUUUAAAACAAUGAUAGAAACACUUAUUUUUGAGUGUUGCCAUUUUUUAUUAUAAAGAUUUGGUGCUUAAUACAUGAAAUCCUGGGCCUAUGAUUACGAACAGUCUAAAAACUGAGUCCAGACUCAGACUCAGACUCAAAGCACUUACUCAAUUACCAAAAAAAUCAUCUUUAUUCUAUUCAUUUUACAAAAAUAAUAGGUUUUAAGCAAAUUCAUAUAAUGAUGACAUACAGCAAAUAAUAUCACCAAUACUCAACUAAUUUUGAGUCUUGAGUCUGAACUGAGACUAGAGACUUUUUGUAUUCACUGUCCUUGCCCUUGGGUCUAUGUUUACUAAAAGUCUCAAGUCUGGGUCUAGACUCAGACUUAGAAAAGCAAUUUUAUCAACAAACAAAAAGUCUUCUUUAUUCCAUUUAUUUUACGAAGGUAUAAGUAAGCAAUGAUAAUUUUUCCCAUAGUAAUAGAAUUCAGGGAAGUUCACCAUCUAAGCCGUGCUGGAAGAACAAUGCAAUGAAGAUUUACUGUUUUGAGUUUAGAGUUUGAACUUAGACUUGAGACGGUUGUAAGCAAGAUCAUUAAGAGAAAAAUAAAAGAGGCUGCAAAACAAAAUAUGUACCUGUAUCUGAAAUUGUAUGUGUACUUGUACUUGUAGCCAAACAUACAUGUUAAAGAGUUGUUUGCAAAAUUUUCACUUUAAACUUGACAUUGCAGGCUUGCUGAUACUUGUAUAAAUCAACUUUUGUAGUGCUACUGUACAUGUCCUUCUAAACCUGAACAAUAUGGCCGGAAGUACACGUACCAGUACAAUUAGCGUUUUGCAACCUCACUAUUAAUUUGAUAGAGUGUUACUUGUUAAUGAUUUUUGUUGUUAUAUUAGUUCUACGCUCAGUUUAACUUGUUUUGAUAUUUCAAUGUCAUGAUAUAUUGUUUUACGAUGAACUAAUACUCUUUUAUUGUAUUGUAUACAAGUAUUCAUGAGUUUUACGUGUUUAUCUUAAUAUUAUGUUUUAAUCAUUUUUAUACGGCACUUGAAAUCAAUGAGACCAUGCGUUAGGUCACUCUAUGUCUCAAAAUGUAGUUGCAAUUCUGUUAUACAAUCUCAGAUAUAGACAUUUCUGUUCAGAGAUAUAUGUCGUUUUUACCUUUUUGUGUGGUUUAGUAGAGUGAAGUACAGUAUUAAAGAUAAGUUACAUGUGUAAUAAUUCAUACAUGUACUAAAGUAACACAUUUCAAUAUAUAUAUAUACAUGUACUGUGUUGAAAAAUGAGACAACUUUGAAAUAAAAUGUAAAAAGUAA